UGGUGGAGCAGAAGCAACCUUCAGACAUGGCUGCCUUCGACCAUUACAUGUAGUCAUUGUAUGAUACAUCAGGAAGUGACUGAGGUGGGUCUACCUAAACCUGCCUACCUGCCUGUGUGAGUAUGACACAACAAGAGUUGACUGAGGUGGGUCUACCUAAACCUGCCUACCUGCCUGUGUGAGUAUGACACAACAAGAGUUGACUGAGGUGGGUCUACCUAAACCUGCCUACCUGCCUGGCAGCCAUCCCCAGCUAGACAGAGCUCCAACAUGGUGGAAGAUGGCACCAAGAAAGGAGGAAGGUAGGUGUAUUUUCAUGUUUCAUCCCAUCUGUUUUUACUAUAGUUUGAUGUAUUCAAAUUCAAAGUAAUAAAACAGUCAUACUGAAGAAAUUCGAUAGAUUGUAUUGUUCCUCUGUGGAAUGCAGGUGUUUGUAGGAGGUUGCUUAGUGCUCAAUGCUCAGCUCAGAUACAGACAAGGACGCAAGCUGUUCUGCUGUUCCUUUUAACAUCAAACUAAGUAUCAUUCCAGGAAAUAAAAUGCACCAUUGUUGACAAUUGAAUCCCACUGAGACCAAUAUCUAUUUUACAAGGAAACACUACAUACCAGGCAGCAGUGAAUCACAUAUUAUUUUAGCAGAAUCAAAAAGUUGAAGAAGAAAAUUAGGAUUGUGAAUAUUAUAAUUAUUUAUGAUCAAACAACAUCGCAUGCAAACGAUUGCAAUUUACAAUACAUCCCUGCUCUAGAAAUAAAUACAAGAUAAAUGUUACAAUGCCAAACUACUAUAUAUCUACACGGACAUGUUCAUACCAACAUUUUUAAAACAGCCUCGACUUUACUUUGGUUAGGUCCCAAAUGGCACCCUAUUCCCUAUAUAGUGCACUACUUUUGACCAGAGCCCUAUGGGAGGAAGGGAAGCUCUCAUGUUCCAUUCUUCUUCCAAAGAAAUGUCAAGUCAAAGGACUGUGUACCUGUAGACAAGCACAAUAAUCAAAGUAUGUAUGAAUGUGUAGAUAUGUCACUAAUAUAAUGUAUAUACUGUAUGAAUAUGUAGAUAUGUCACUAAUAUAAUGUAUAUACUGUAUGAAUGUGUAGAUAUGUCACUAAUAUAAUGUAUAUACUGUAUGAAUAUGUAGAUAUGUCACUAAUAUAAUCCUUCUUCAUUUCAUCUCUGUAUGUCUCUCUGAUUCACACACACACACACACACACACAAAUACACACACAAAUACACACACACACACAGUUCUAUUAUAUACUAUUUAUUCAACUGCGUAACCAUGACACUAUCCACUUUAUAAUUGUAAAUACAGUCACACAUGACAUAGCACAUUCAUAAUCUAAACUCUGUAUCAUAUUGUGUACUAUAUAUACUACCUUCUAAUGACUUGUUAUUUUUGAUUUGACUUGAUUAUUAUUGAUAUGGAUUAUCGAACUGCUAUGUUGAGGCACAUAAACAUUUCACUGCACCUUUUAUACCUUUUGGAAACUCUCUCUCUCCUCCCAGUCAGGAGAUGGCGGCAGGCAGGAGAUACUGCGGCUGGUCACGCUUUCGCUGCUGUUUCCUCAUCCUGCUCCUCACAGCGAUGGCCUUCUUCUUCUUCAGCGACCGGUCAACAGAGUGGGCCACUUCACUAGACUGGGCCCCAAGAUGGUGGACAGAAUACCGUGGUGGUUCAGCCAACAGAUCUGGUUCUACCAACACCACUAGUGCAGUAGUUUCUCCAAACUCCACUGCCUUUUCCAUAGACGCUCAUGAAACUGGAUCUGCCAAUUCAACAGAUCAUCAGACUUCACUUACCAACUCUACUCAACAGGCCAUCAAACUCAAUCCAACACAUAAUGAAACUGGUGCCAUCACGACUGCACUGACCAUCACCACUAAUCUGAUUACAGAGGUCAAGGCAGUUCUUGCCACUGGACUGGCCACUCCUGUUCCAUAUGUGUCCCCAGGACCGUACCAUGUAGAAUACCCAUCAGAGUACCACUUCAUCCUGGAUGAGCCGGAGAAAUGCCGGGAGCAGAACCCCUUCCUGGUUCUGGUGGUGCCAGUGGCGCCCUAUAACAGGGAGGCUCGUGACGCUGUCCGCAGUACUUGGGGCAGUGAGAGGCAGGUACUGGGAAAAGAGGUCCGUCUGUUCUUCCUGCUGGGACUUCCCAGUGGAGAGAGGACAGAGCAGCUCCAGGAGAAGGUGCUGCAGGAGAGCAAAGAGCACCAGGAUCUGCUGCAGAGCGACUUCAUAGACAGCUACAAAAACCUGACCAUCAAGACCAUGGUGACGAUGGAGUGGCUGAGCUCUCGCUGCCCCAACGCCUCCUACGCCAUGAAGAUCGACUCAGACAUGUUCCUCAACGUGAACACCUUGGUCAACAUGCUGCUUCACGCUCCAAAGCAGAACUACCAGACUGGACUAGUGGCCCAAUGGGGAGCCGUUCUAAGAGACCAUAACUCCAAAUGGUACCUUCCAAAGGAGGUGUUUCCUGAGAACAUAUACCCACCUUAUGCUCUGGGCCUGGGCUAUGUCUUCACCUUAGACCUCCCCAGGAAGCUGGUGGAGGCGUCCAGGCAUGUUAAAGCCAUCUACAUAGAGGAUGUGUAUCUGGGACUGUGUAUGAGACACCUGGGCAUUCGUCCUACUAACCCCCCCAAUGGAAACCUCUUCCAGGUUUUCCCUGUGGUUUAUGACCGCUGCACCUAUUCACGGCUGAUAGCCACCACCACACACAGUAUCACUCACCAGGUCAAAGCAUGGAAAGACUUACACAAACCUGGUCCUCCCUGCUGAUCACGUACACUAACAAACUGACUGAUGUACCAAUCACUUCCUCAUUGUUUGUUCAUACACUAACUAACUAACAAACAAAAAACGAAGAAGGUGGCGCCUCCAGGGGGAUGGGGAAAGGAUAUAUAGCUUGGUGAAGAACAUUGACAACCUGAAUGGCCAGUUUCUCCGCGUUAUUUUUCUCUGAACCCAGGCAGACACCAUGCUGCAAUUGCCUUCUUAACAAAGACUGAGAGCAGCAGGUAUCUGUCUAACAUGGACAUGGUGACGGACUGGACAGGACUAAGAAAUGGAUAGUAAUCCUGCAGCAACAGGACAUGUGAAUUAUUAUGUGGAUUAU